UACGUCUUCAAAUUAGGCAAAGGAAUUGGACAACAAAGAAGAAAUAACAUAUAUUUAAUUGCAAAAAACCGCAUUGUGAACAUUUUUACAUUAUUCAAUGUAUUUAUUAUUGUUUAUAAACAAACGUCUUUGAAAUUAUGUGAAUUACGUAGAAGAAACCGCUGAGGAAAAUUUGAUUACUUCAGCAUACAUAUGUAUGUAUAAAUGUACAUAUGUCAUCUUCGCGAGAUACAGAAAAUCCGAAUUCCGAAUUUGAACAAGGGCAUCAAAAAAGUCAUCGUGACGGAAAUGCAGGAAAUGUGCAAACUAUUUAUUCCAGAUACAUGGAGUUAAGUCGGUAUUGAACGAAUUUAUAUGUCGGCAAUAAAAGCCGCACGUAGCGAAACGCUGUGAUUUCUUUUGCCAGGAAACUGGUUGUCAUGAAUUGUUCCACACCGAAAAAUCCAGAAUCAACGGCAACAAAUACCUUAAAAGCAAAUACAAAACCAUCUUCACUGCCGACAAAGCUGUCAUCGUCACCAUCGUUGGUAACUCCUAUAUACUGCAGAAAAGACGUUGAUAAUUCAAAUUUAUUUUGUGCUACUACUGCUGGAAGCUGUAUUUCCAACACGGAACGACCAACGCCCCCGCCAAGAGCAGCAAAAGCAGCCAAAGCCUUAAAACUCACAUCCGCUGCUGCAUCGGCUUCACAAACGCCAAUGAUAAAAAAUAUUGAAAACGUAUCAAGUCACGCGAACGGCGAUGAAAAAGAUGAAGAAGAGGAAGAAAAAGAAAUUUUUAAUGAUGCCAACAGGAGAGAAUCUGUUACCGAGGAUGCAGCAGCAGUACAGGUCAAUAAACUAAAAGUAAUUAAAGAAGGCAGCGAAGAAAACAAGACAUUUGACUCCACGGCUACUAAAAUAGAGACAGGUGGAACAAAUUUAGCCUCAAGCAACGUUUCUGCAGUCGACUGUGCUGAUACGCUAUUGCCAGAUAAAGCAAUAUCAACCACAACCCAAGAAGAGCUUGACGAUCAAGCAGCUGCGCAAGUGCAAACAACCACGUCUGCUGAACUCAAUGAAUGCAUAGCAAAUACAUCUAAGCCAAGUAUUGUUCCUGUAACAGUUGAAAGCCAGCGCGGCGACGCUGAUAGCGCCGAGACUGAUAACCGGGACUUAGCUGGAGCAAGCGCAACCGACGGACUAUCAUCUAAAGCAUCAAUUUUUGACGAUACUCCUCUUAGUCGCAAUAACUCCACCGGUUUGGAAAAGAACAAAUUAUCAAAAACACCGUCCUUUUCAAAAAUAUCCAGCAGCUUACAGAGCUCGCUUGGCGCUCUUAGCGGCAAUCGCCCAGAUGAGGACACUAUCAGCAAGUCGAGUGACACAUCUGGCGAGUUAGUGCGUGGUGUGGUUCAGGAUUCAACCGCUUUUGAUAAACCCAAAAGUGGCUCACGACUCUCGGAGCGCGCCAAAAAGAAGUCUUGGUACAACGUACUCUAUCCGAAUUACAAAUCGCGUGCGGAAGAUUUCAAAAAGUUAUUCAAGGAAGUUCCAAGCGACGAACGGCUUAUUGUUGAUUAUUCGUGUGCUCUGCAGCGUGAUAUACUCGUUCAGGGACGAUUGUAUGUCUCACAGAAUUAUGUUUGUUUUCAUGCUAAUAUCUUUCGUUGGGAAACAUAUUUAACUAUCCGCUGGAAGGAUGUCACCUCAAUAACAAAAGAGAAAACCGCACUUGUCAUACCCAAUGCCAUUUCCAUAUGUACUGCUAAGGAGAAAUACUUCUUUGCAACAUUCACAACAAGGGACAAAGCGUUUUUGAUGCUCUUUCGAGUAUGGCAAAAUACGUUGAUGAACAAGCCGAUGCCCCCACAGGAAAUAUGGCAAUGGGUGCAUAAUUGCUAUGGUGAUGAACUCGGUUUAACCACAGACGAUGAAGAUUACAUUGAUCCGACUAGUUUGCCAGUAGAAAGUGAAGGUGAUAUUGAUUUUGCAUCAGCACUAGAAGACACAAAUUCGAUUGUUAGCAGCAACUACAGCACAGCUAACUCAGUUACACAAAUUGCCAGCAAUAGCGGUGGCAAUAGCUCCAGCACAAGCAGCGCUGGCGGUUGUAAACCCAGAACAAAAUCAUCAUAUUUCUUCAGUUCGAAUAAAUCGGUUGUGAACUCUUCGACGACCACGUCGACAAGCGGUUCUGAUAAUAAAACAAGUGAUAAUAACGGUGAGCGUGAUUCAAAGAACACAAUGAAUGCAAAGGAAUUGACACUGACCUCAGUGAAGCUGGAAGAAGAGACAGGCAAGAGCAAAAUCGCGAACAGUUCUGCCAAUGAAAGUGGCAGUGGUGGGGGUGGGGUUAGUGCGUCCAGUAGAGAAACAAAAAGCUCCACACUUAAGGCAGUCACACACGAGGCAAAGCGCAAAGUGAACAAAAGCACACGAGAACGUGAUGAGGCAGCAAGCAAUAAUCAAACAAAUCUGCCAACAGAUGCCUCGUGUUCUAGUGACUCUGAGGAUAACAAAGCACCAUUUGUUGCUACUGCUGAGUGCACAUCAGCACAUGAAGGCCGUCAAUUAGUACACACAAUACUUCCCAUUAAUGUAGAUACGCUGUUCAACAUGCUUUUCUCCAAGUCUAAAUUCGUGGCAGAUUUCCAUGCUAUGCGUAAAACUGAAAAUAUGUCUUUCGGCGAGUGGGUAACCACCGAUGAGGGCAAGAAGACACGCACCUUAGGCUUGACUGUGCAACUAUUAGCUUCCGUAGGUCCAAAAGUAUCAAAGGUGACUGAGACGCAAGAAAUGCGUGAAUGUAGCAAACCAGGCGAACUGUAUUCCAUAGAUGUAAAUAGUGUUAAUGCUGGCAUUCCAUAUGCUGAUAGCUUUAGUGUAUUAAUUCAUUACUGCUUAGUAAGAACCGUUGAUGACCACACAAUGCUGUCUGUGCACGCUCAAAUUAAAUACAAGAAAUCUAUUUGGGGUGUCGUGAAAGGCUUCAUAGAGAAGAAUACAUGGGCUGGCAUGGAAGAAUACUUCGGCGCAAUGCUCCAAGCUUUGCAAAAUGAAACUUGCAUUCCACCCUCCAAGGCAAAAGGACGUCGUCCACGUCGCGGUACUUCGACUCAAGUUCGGCCGAUAACAGAAGAUGUGCCCGAAGCACAAAAGAAAACAGAACCCCUCGAAGUGUCAGUGGCCACCAAUCGCCGUCAGGUUCCCCGUCUUACAGCUGCUGUAGCACAACAGCCAGCGAGCGACACUGAACCGCAAAACAAACACAAAUGGCUAUCAGUGUUUGUCAUUUGUCUGUUGUGUUUCUUGAUCGCUUUAAAUGUGAUACUCCUGCUUAAGCUUUGGUCGUUAGAGGAGCGUAUCGAUGAUAAUAUAAGCAGUCGAGCGCGUCUGCCUAAUUUGGCCGCGUUGAAAGAAUUGCCCAAUUCGAAUCAAGAAUGGAUGGAAUUGCUGCGCCAACAGGAGAUUCUACAUGAGGCUGAGUUAAAGAAAUGGCACAAAGUACUGCAAACUGCCAUUGAAUUGUUAAAAAAGGACUGCAAUUUGGUGAUGAAUCUGGUUUACACACGAGGACACUGAUCUGUUACUUCUAUAGGCAAACGUCGACGCAGCAAAAUAAUUAUUAUUUUCCAAGAAGUUGUAAAAACUUUCCUUAAGACAACCAUUUAUUACUUUCAUAAGAACAGCAAUUAGCGCAAUAGUUUUAAAGUUUUUAUAAUCAGUUAGGUCCCCUUUCGGGAAUAGGCAAAAACUUGAUAGCUUUCCAAUUCAAUUUGAUCUGAUUAGAGAAAAAAAUAUCAGUAAAGGCUUUUAAUAAUCCUGUAUAAGAUUUUGUCAGCACAUGUAGCAGAAUAAUUUUUUCUUUUUAGCAAGUAAAUCAUUAACCUCAUCAUGAUUGCUAGCUCGCAAUCAAAUUCCUCUACUUCGUUAAUAGGCAGAUGAUUACUGUCACUAGGGACCUGCGAGUUAAGCAUCUCAAGGGAUUUUCAUUGUUAUCAGAACAUCAAUCAGAACUUCUCUCUUCGCAAAGAGCGACUUAACACAUCCCCCCAGAAUUAAGGUUAUACAUUUUCCUGUCAAAACUCUAUAUUUGCCUUUAUAUUUUUUUUUAAUUUUUACGCUGUAAUAUGAGGUAGUCAAAACUACUAGGAAAAGGAUAUUGUUUGGUUUUUUUUUAAAACAAUAGCACAGGCCGACAGAAUUUGACCAAAUCUUAGAACCAGAAACCGUAUAUACUUUUCCGAAGAUUUCCGGUACGCUAAAUUGGAAUCUGCACUCAGAAUUUCUCUGUUGCCUCCGGUUCAAAUAAUAUCCUAACCUAAAUCUGAAAAAAUAUCGGGUUUUGCCAAUAUUUGAGGUUAUGUAGCAUCACAGAAAAUUACGUGUUCCCAAAGCCAUUGACGGCACCUUAAAGUAUAACCCUUACACUUCAAAAUGUCGUUGAGUUUGUUAAAAUAUCGUUUAUUCUUGUCGAGAAACUGUAUUAUGUACUUUUCAGUUAUGUAUACCUGGUAUAUUUGUAUGUAAUGGAUAAAAAGUAUACAUAACUGAAAAGUUCAAAAUACAGUUUCUCGACGAGAAUAAAAUAUAUUAGGUGCGUAUAGUAACAAAUAGUGAGUACUAAUUUUUACUGGAACCUGGAAAUGUUUACUGGAAAAUUGUAUAAUAACCCAAAAAAUGUGCAAGAGGGCACUGAAUCGAGACCGUAAUAACACGGGAGAGCUGUAAAUUCUUGCUAGUGAAUUUUUUAUUAGCCGAAAUCAGCUAGCAGAAAAAGAAGAAUAAAUGUCAAAAGCUGCCAUUUGUUGAGUUGGUUAAGCAUAAACAAAAGUAAAAUGAAUGGAAAUCAAAAUAUUAACGAUGUACUGGAUUGUGUAAGUGCUUGUGUGUAAAACAAAGAGUUUAAAACUGAUUUAUAAAUAGUAAAAUGUAACCAUGUAGAAUUUCAAAACAGUGCAACAACUAUUCACUUGCAAUUUUUUACUAGUUUUGUGUUCAAUAACUUUUUCUGCUAGUUUUCUAUUCUCAAUUUCACGCUCUGUUUUGCUUUUAAGCUCUCGCUGCAAUUUUUCACUGGAGAAAUUACUAUGCACACCUAUUAUGACAAACACAACGGCAUUUUAAAGUGUGAUGCCGUGUUGAUUCACAACUUUGAAGAGAGCUGAGUUGUAAGUUGUAAAUUGAUAUUGUGGGACACAACUCAACUCAACUUUCAAAUCGUAGUUGUCUGGCACCAGCAUCCUCGGGCCCAUCGGUAAAACAUAAAGGCGGAUCUCCAUAGCAUGCGUAUACAUAUGCGUGCGUUUGACAGAAAAAUUGAUCAUAGAAAUUUUUAUGGCAGCAUCUACAUAGCAAUGCCUGAAAAUGUAAGCAAAUUGUAUGUUUUUUUACUUCUAAGCGUAAAUAUUAAACGCUUGCAUACGGAUACGUACAUAUGCUAUGGAAUUGUACAGAAUUUCCGACCUUUUCAAUGGCUGCAGUCAACUGAAAACUGUGAACGGCAAUAACAAUAAAUGGUUGAGUUGUCUACAAAUUGAGUUGUGAACCAUAAUAGGAGUCGAAAUCUUUAGUUCCUUGUUUGAUGUAUUUUUGACUGAAUUUUGGUCAUGCCUUGUCAAAUUCGGUUCGGAGGCAAACCAGUUUCGGCGUUGUGCCAUUUCAGUGUCGUUUUUUAAUUUAACUUUUCAGAAUUAUACUAAACAAAUAAGCCAAAUUAGUCAAAAUAACAAUAUUGCAAUAACAUCAACAAACAUUAGAAUACGUCUUACAAAUUAUACACUCAUAUACAUAUGUACUGAAAAAAUAAACCAACAACACAGAUGCGUUCC